AUGGCGGAGCACCUCGUCUCAAUCUACGGCACGGAGAAGGACAAGGUCAACUGCCCGUUCUACUACAAGAUAGGCGCGUGUCGCCACGGCGACCGGUGCUCGCGCGUCCACAACAAGCCUCUGUUUAGCCAGACCCUCCUGUUGCACAACUUGUACCAGUCGCCCGACCAGAUAAUCGCCUCCGCCGCCGCCCAAAGCCUACCGCCGCCCGACAUCCCGCCCGACGACCUGCGCCACCACUUUGACGAUUUCUACGCCGACGUGCUCCACGAAAUGCUCAAGCACGGCCCCGUCGACGAGCUCCGCGUCUGCGAGAACCUCGCCGACCACCUCGCGGGCAAUACCUACGUCAAGUUCGCCGAUGAAGAGUCGGCCCAGAACGCCCUCAACGCCCUGCACGGCAGAUGGUACGCUGGCAGACCCGUUUUGGUCGAGUUCUCCCCCGUCACCGACUUUCGGGAGGGCAAGUGUAGGCCGUUUGAGAGGUAUGGACAGUGCGAACGAGGAGACUAUUGCCAUUUCAUGCAUCUCCGAAGGCAUCCGGGCGGCACCAGGCCGGACGACCACGACCCCCGUCCGGAUCGCCUCCGCUAUCCACAUUCAUCGCGUGAUAAAUAUCGCGAUUAUCCACCGCGCGACUCGCGCGAUUAUCCAAGGUAUCAGUAUGACGACAGGCGCUCGGAGAGAGACAGGAGAGAGGGCCCUGCCAGGUAUCGAGAAAGGUCGAGGCCAAAGUCGAGGGAGAGGGGUCGCUACUCGGAUUAUGACAAGUCGUACAAGUCCACGAGGGAAAGGAAGAGCCCUUAUCACGAUUAGAGACCAAGACUUUUUUUCGGUAUAGUUAAUCUUUUACAAGGAAUGAACUAGAAGUGUUAAUGCACAUACACGCAACUUAUGCUUGUUCUAAAACUCAGUAAAAUUCUCCUCUGCAAA